AUGGAAGCUACCGGCCAGGAGAACUCUCCCACAUCCUACCCACGCGUGAAGCCCGACUUCAAGUCGGAGCUGGAGUCGUUCCGCACGGAGACGCUUUCCAAGGCGGACACGCAGGAGAAGAACUGUCUGCCGACCGCCGCAGACGUACAGAGCGAGAAGGCCCAGCGUAGCGUGAUCGAGGGCAUUGAGGGAUUCGAUGCCUCCCGUCUGAAGCACGCCGAAACCAAGGAAAAGAACCCGCUGCCGGAUGCGGAAGCUAUCCAGGCCGAGAAGGGCGUCCAGCGGUUCAUCGAAGGUAUCGAGCAGUUCGAUACUUCGCGCCUGAAGCAUGCUGAAACGCUGGAGAAAAAUCCGCUGCCAACGCGUGAAACUAUCGAGGAGGAGAAGCGCGCCUAA